CUUACCUCCAGAUUUCAAGGAGACGACGGUUCUCAGGUUUAGCUCGGUCGACCUACAUACCACACUUUCAAGUUCUCUCUCAUCCUUCUCCCUUCGUUGGCCGCCAGCUCAGCUCCUUAACAGGAUGAUUUUUGGUCCGCUAAAUCGGCAACACGCUCUCGUCCUCCAGCGCAGAUUGUCCACGAGCCAGAGGUUAUCGGGGGCUCCUGUGCAUAGGAUACCCAAACCCGAAGGCGAAGAUUUCCGACCACCUUGGGUAUACCUCAUGUCACGUCUAGUUUCCUUGACGGUGAUACCAGCGGUCGCGUUCUACUCUGUGUUUUUCUACGACUUUGGGGAUCGAGAGCAUGUUUUCCAACCGGUGGGCAGCAAGAUUGCAUACGUCGUUCGUUACCCUCUCACCUGCGGAGGAGGGUUUGAUAAAAGCCGACGACGAAACGGGGGACAAACCUCUAACUCAGAAAACAUAAGAUGCGCAAUUACGACGCCGCAGCUAAGGAACGUACCCUCUCUGGGUUGAAAGACUCGGAAUCACCGACAUACACAAGGAAGCAAAACGUGCUUCGUGGAAAAUAGCAGUGUACCCGCCGAUCUCAAAAACUCAACGACUAGAACAUUAUAUAUGGGGCUUGGAAGCUUUUCAUCUUUCGCCACUGAGCGGCCAAGUCUUAAUGUGACUGUCUAUAGGAAUUCAAUCAGUUUCUAUUA